AGUAUCUAAGUUUUUACAAGAAAAAUAGAAGCCAGUGGGAGGAGAAGCCAUCACUUCUUUAGGACACAGAAUUGAGGCGUCGCGUGUGAACUUUUGAAGGAUUUUGUGUGCGUGGAAUUUUUUCUGAAGUCUUUCCUUUGCUUGAGAACAGCUUAAAAGUUACCAACAGCAGCUUAGCCGAAAUGGAGAUACAGACUUGUGGCAAACCUAUUGAUUCAUUGUUGGAAAAGGUUCUCUGUAUGAAUAUACUAUCUUCUGAUUAUUUCAAAGAGCUUUACCGAUUGAAGACUUACCACGAAGUGAUCGAUGAAAUUUACAAUCAAGUUGAUCAUGUGGAACCCUGGAUGACGGGGAACUGUCGUGGUCCUUCAACAGCUUUCUGCCUUCUUUACAAGUUUUUUACCAUGAAACUUACUGUCAAACAAAUGCAUGGGCUGUUGAAGCACCUAGAUUCUCCUUACAUAAGAGCAAUUGGAUUUCUCUAUUUGAGAUAUGCAGCAGAUCCAAAGACUCUAUGGACCUGGUAUGAACCAUACAUUAAAGAUGAGGAGGAAUUCUCUCCUGGAUCCAAUGGACGAAGGACCACAAUGGGUGUAUAUGUGCAUGAUUUGCUUCUAGGGCAGGUUAGUGGCAUGGGGCACUUUGAUUAAAUUAGUGGAAAUGGUGGACAGUUCUUUUAUAUUCUUUCCAGAAUU